GCCGCGAGAAUCUGUAUGUCAAAACAAGUGCUAUCGUUAACGAACAAUUCAAUUCAGCCUGAAAAAAAAAAUCAAAAGAAAGGACUGUUUUAGAAGCAAACUAGGUCGGCUUAUUAUCUCAAUAUGCCGAAAAGUUUUCUAUUCAGUGUCAGAGAUUACAGGGAAGGAAGUUACAGCGGAGGAAACGAAUAUAACAAAAAUGUGAUGACAACACGAUCCGGAUUAUCCAUCAAGAAAGUUUCAUCAGACUCUAAACCAAGCUCAAACUCUCAACCGCAGACGUCUCAGAAAAUAGAAAACGGCGGAACAAAGAGGCACCACCACCGGAAACACAAAUCACUGAAUCAUAUGUCAGUUGUUACCAGGUUUCAUCUCUGUCAAAAGAUCCCAGAGCUCGACCUUCCCGGAAUAAAUCACAAAGAAUCGCUCCACCACAUUGACACAUAUUCAUGCACAGAGGUUUUUAAAUUUGAUGAUGACGACGAUACUGACGAAUCUGACGAAGAUGACAACGCCUUAGAUGAUUUUAUUUUAAACAUGGCAGAAAACAUGAACAAUAACAGAACCAUGAGUGCUUGUGAAAUCCUAGCAACGAAAGAGAAAUGGUUGUUAAGCCGUAAAGAUAAAGGAUCGAGUUCGAAGGAAAGUAGCAGCUGUCCCCUAUCAAGUUAUUUUGCCAAAAAUAGAUUACCGGAAACAGUAAAAAGUUAUAGCCUCCACAAAAAUGAUAUAAACGGAAAGAUCAGUAAGUAUGAAAGGAAGACUGGAACAAACGGGGAAGAAGCUGUACACUGUAUCACAGGAAGCGAUAAUGUCAACAGUGAUUUUGACAGCGAUGACACUUCAUCUUCUGUCUGUAGCGACACUUUUUGCGACAUUGAUAACGCUCCUUUACUGCAGGUUUCCCAAGGCAGUACAGACCAGGAAUAUGAAACAAAAAUAUUGAAAUUGAGAGAUGCACAACUUAAAGUUAAGUUUAUUGAUGAUAUAAAUGGACGUAAGGUUAUCAAAUGUACUGAGUGUGAAAAGUGUUUCACAUUUAUGUCCGGUUAUAUGACCCAUUUAAGAUCCCACAUGAAGGCAAAGAGUACAUGUUUCUUGUGCGGCAAAAUAUUUAGUAGGUCGUGGCUUCUGAAAGGUCAUCUGCGCACGCAUACUGGGGAGAAGCCGUUUGCCUGUGAUCAGAAAGGUUGCAACAAGAGUUUUGCUGAUAAAUCUAACCUCCGUUCUCACAUGAUGAUUCAUAACGUGACGAAGAAAGAUCACAGGUGUGACAAGUGUGGUCGCACGUUCGCACAGAAACGCUACCUGCAUAAACAUAUGCAAGAAGUUUGCCGGGAAAUAAGCCGCGUUGUUUCAUAAUUUCUCCAUCAGAACAAAUGGUUCUUAUUAUCUAACAUGCAAACAUGUUUAGAAAUUCAACAGUUUUCGCUAUUUUUUGGCUUUCUGUAUGAACAAAGUACACCAAUAUGUGCUGAACUUCACUGCAGAAAUGAUUAAAAAUGUGUAUAUCACUUAUCAAUUUUUUAAAGAAAGAUUUUCUUUUCAUAUAUUAAGAGAUCUCAUAUUGAACAGACACAGAUACCCGACUUAUUUAUCAAGUUAAAUGUCUUUGAAACAUUUUAGUUAAUUGUCUACAUAAUUGUAAAAACUAACAUUAUUUUUUAGUACAUUAUCUUAAAGUUUUCAAAGAGUUCACAAAUAAAAACGGCCAUUUUGACCAAAGGGAGACAAUACUGUAGCGGAUUUUCAACAAUUUAAGUUUAAACCCAAACGUGGUUAUCUCAGUUACUUUGAUGUAUAUAUUUCUUACUCAACAUAAAUUAUACCCUUAUAUUAAAUAUUGAUAUUGUAUAUGAAAAUAAGUUCCUGAUAAAGAAAUAAAAUAUGUUUACCGGAAA